AUGGCCGGCGAGGAUCACGCCUCACAGUUUUUCCAAAAUGUGGCGUCGCUCUCAGAGGAGUACUCCCGACUGCGCUUCGAGAACGCGAACUUGCAGCACGCAUUGGCCCAGCUCGCUGGGCGAGAGUCGGAUGCGAAGGAUGUGGAAGCAACAGCUCUCCCGCCUGUGCUAGUGUCCGAGGUGUUCCACGGCACCGAAGACAACCGUCCUACAGAGUCGCAGCAGGUUGAGCAGAUCAUCACGGAGACCGAGACAGCAGAGUCGUACCGCAUUCGUUUUCAGCAGACCGACACGCUCGGCAGUCACGACACGCGCGCCGCUUCCAAAGUCGACUGGGACGCCAUGCCGGACACCGGCCUACAGGGUCGACAUGCAGUCUUCAGUCAGGGUCAGCGCCUGAAAGCUGCGAUUGCGGAAGACAUGGUCAACGACAUGCGCUACGACGUGAAGAACAUGUACAAGACAACUGGAUGCUUUCAGAUGGUAGCCCGGCAUGCCUUCUUUGAGAAUUUCACGAUGUUGAUCAUCGUGAUCUAUGCCCUCUACAUGUCCUUCGACACUGACUUGAACGGAGCAGACCUUAUUACAGAGACCGACCCCUUCUUCAUUGUCAGUGAGCAGAUCUUUUGCUUUUAUUUUUCACUGGAGCUCUUCAUUCGAUUCAUGGCUUUCGAGAGGAAGUGCAACUGCUUCAAAGAUGCUUGGUUUGCCUUCGAUUUCGCUCUGGUGUCCAUGAUGGUCGCCGAAACCUGGGUCAUGAACAUCGUGGUCCUGGCAAUGGCGGGUUCAGGCGGUGGGACGAACAUCUUCGGCGAUGCCUCGAUCCUGCGCAUCGCACGGCUGCUGCGCUUGACGCGGCUGUUGAGGAUGGCACGUCUCAUCCGGUUCUUCCCUGAGCUGCUGAUAAUGGUUAAGGCAAUCUGGAGUGCUGCGCGAUCUGUGGGCUUCACCCUGAUUCUGCUUGGCAUUUGCCUGUACGUCUUCGCCAUAGCUUUCAAGACUGCGCUCGUGGGCACUGCCGUCGGGGACAAGUACUUCAAACACGUGCCUUUCGCCAUGCACAGCCUGCUCUUGCAGGGUACACUCCUGGACUCCAUCUCGGAGAUGCUGAGCAUGAUGAUCGAGACUGAGGAGUAUCUGGGCCUCGGAUUGAUGUACUUCUUCAUGAUCAUCUCUGCCAUAACCAUCAUGAACAUGCUCAUCGGCGUCCUGUGCGAGGUGAUCACGGCAGUCGCGGACGCUGAGAAAGAAGCAUUGCAGGUCAGCUGGACGACAGAGGUCCUCCAGACGUGCCUGCAGCUGGGCGCCGAUGAGAACAACGAUGGCUGCAUCGAUUUGGAUGAGUUCCAGCACAUGGUCUCCAAUGCGAGAGUUCGCAAGGUCUUGCGGGAGGCUGACGUAGACCUGCAUGACUUGGUCAACUUCAUAGAUGUCCUUUUUGAAAACGGGGAGGAUGGUGGCUACUAUGACAAGGUGCCGUUCUCCCAGUUUAUGGAGAGGCUCCUCAAGCUCCGAGGAAGCAACACCGCCACAGUCAAAGACUUGGUGGACAUAAGAAAAUGGAUGACGCGGGAGUUCACGGAACUUAAGACGCAAGUUCUGCGCACGACAUCGUCGAGGAGAACCCUACCUCAGCGAUCUUCUUCUGCGCCAUACGGCUUACCUUUCGAAUUUGUGAUGCAAGUCUAG